AUGGAAAACACCAAAAAGGCUCUGUCAUCAAUACCGCUACUCAAGACAAAAGCCGGUCCUCGGGAUGUUGAUUUGUGGCCACAAAGACUUAAAGAAGAAUACCAAUCCCUAAUCCAAUAUGUUCAGAACAAUAAAGCAGCCGAUAAUGAUUGGUUUCGUCUAGAGUCGAAUAAGGAGGGAACUAAAUGGUUUGGAAAGUGCUGGGUGUUUCAGAAUCAAUUAAAAUAUGAGUUUGACAUAGAAUUUGAUAUUCCCGUAACUUUCCCUACUACAGCACCUGAAAUUGCAUUACCUGAACUUGAUGGUAAAACUGCCAAAAUGUAUCGAGGUGGCAAAAUAUGUUUAUCUGACCAUUUUAAACCAUUGUGGGCUAGAAAUGUACCAAAGUUUGGUAUCUCCCACGCUUUAGCACUUGGUUUGGGCCCAUGGUUGGCAGUUGAAAUCCCAGACUUAAUUCUGAGAGGAGUGGUUAAAUACAAAGAAAAAGAAGAGGAUAAUUAA